UAUAAUAGGCCUAUGGUUUGUGUGUUGUGAUUCAUUGUGUUUUGUUGUUAACGUGACUAAUUAUGGUUAUUAAGUUGUGUAACUAAAUUUUUACUGGUUUUGAAGGCAAUGGCAGACGCUAAAGAUUAUCUACAUGUUUACAAAAAGUUUUUUGAAGAUUUUGCAGCCAGUAUUGAACCUUACGAUCAACUUCCUGUAAAAGUCGCAGGUUAUUAUAUUCGUGAGUCAGAGGUGACAGGGGAAGUUGUCGAUUGGACUUUGCAAUAUCUGUCUCAAAAGAAAUGCCCUCCUUCUUUGGUGACGCCUUUGAUAAAAAUUGUUGUUGAUGAAGUUAAAGUGGCAUGUGCCAAAAAUCCAGCUGAUUGCGGUUUUGUUGCACAUGAAAACGUGUACCAGCCCCUGAGACUGAUGCACGCGGUCAUGGCGAAGGCCAACGAGGUGUGCCUCCGCUACAAGGACAACGGGCGGCUGCACUCGCUGCCAGAGCCGGCGUCCAAGUCGCACAUAUCCUGCUGCGCCAUCAAGAACUCUCGUCGCCGCAUGGAGGACAGACACGUCGUCAUCGAAGACUUCCACGGUCUCUUUGGUGUCGAGGGCUGCGGGCCGGCCAGCUACUUCGCGGUGUUCGACGGGCAUGCUGGCGUCGACGCUGCCUCCUACAGCGUGAGCCACCUGCACCAGUUCCUGGCCGAGAGCCACUUCUACCCGUCCGACCCGGAGCGCGCUCUCCGGGACGCCUUCCUCCGCACCGACGCCCUCUUCCUGGAGAAGUCCAACAGAGAGAACCUGCACAGCGGCACGACGGCCGUGUGCGCGCUGCUGGGGCCGGGCAAAGCGCUCCACGUGGCGUGGCUGGGCGACUCCCAGGCCCUGCUGGUGCGCCGGGGGCGGUCGGUCGGCCUCGUCAACCCCCACAAGCCGGACCGCGAGGACGAGCGCCAGCGGAUAGAAGGCAUGGGCGGCAGUGUUCUGUUCUGGGGGACGUGGAGAGUCAACGGCCAGCUGGCAGUGUCCAGAGCUAUAGGUGACCUGGAGUACAAACCCUACGUGACGGCCGAACCAGACGUCGUCUCGGUGCCGCUGGACGGGACCGAAGACUUUCUGAUCCUCGGGUGCGACGGCCUCUGGGACUUUGUGUCCGAGGAAGCCAUCGUCAGAGCGAUAUACGAGCAGCUGAAGAACUCCCCAGGAGACCUCGAGGCGGUGACCGAGAGCCUGGUGCAGCUGUCCAAGGAGCAGGGCUCGACGGACAACAUCAGCGUGAUCGUGGUGUUCCUGACCGACCCCGCCGCGCUGCUGGAUGACCGCCGCCUGAACGCAGCAGCCCGAGCCGCCAUGGACGCCCAGAAGACCGGCCUCCUGCUGGACCUGGAGGGCUGCGCGCGCGGGCAGAACGGCCCGGAGCGCCUCUUCCCCUCGCCGGGGACCAACGGCAAGCGGGAGCACGAGGACCACGCAGGCGGCUACGACGACUACGACGACGACGAUGACCUGGGCCCGGAGACUGACGUGGACGCGGUCGACGACGUGCUGCUGUCGCCGGCCAUUGCCGCCGCCAAGAAGCUGCUGGUCGAGAAGCGGGGAGGAGGAGUCGGGGACGAGGGGGAGGCCGCGCCUCGCGGGGACACGCCCACCCCGCCCGCAGACCGAGUUGCUAACGUGAGCCGAGAAGCUGCGGAAGUCGACAAUGCUGGAGAGAGCGGGGAAGAUUCGGAGGACGAGUGGAAUUACUUUGCUGUAGAGCCGAAGAAGAAGCCCACUUCAGAAACAAUCUCGCUUUCGCAAGAAAAAACUACCGAUUGCGACAUCUCUGAAGUGGAGAGACAAAAAAUUUUGGAUAUGGAGUCCAGGUUGAACCCGAAUGCAGCAGAAUUUGUUCCCUCGCCUACACACGCUGUUCCACUUUUGGAAGAGUGUCUGUUGGCAUGUUCUCCGAGGAAAGAUGAGAAACGAGAAAUAGCAGCAGUGCCAACUGAACAGGAGUUUGAUAAAGAAGCAAGAAAAUGCCCUGGUCAAGAAAUUGAACUCCUCGAAAAUCACGUUGAUUUACUUGAAGGUGCUGUCGUAAAACCUAGGUUUGGUGACGAUGUAAGUUCCAAUUUAAGUGAUCUGAAACCUGUAGAUUUGCAGACCCCAGAUUUCUACAGCAAUUCUGUGCAGACUAAAAAUCCAUUUGGAGAUGAAUUGAUUAGUGGAGUUAAUGAAAAGGAAUCUCCUGUUCAGAGUGAUGUCUCCAAGGCCUUCAGAUUUGAUUCUGAAAAUGAGCUACUCAAGAACUCUGAACCUGUGUCUUUUGAACUGAAGAAAGAGAUUUGCCCUGAAAUGGAACCUGAACCAGAGAGGGUCUGUUUGGACACAAUGGUGGAUGACAUUGCACAAAAUGGUCUCUCUCCUACCACUUCUCCAGACGUGUCUGAAACUUCUCAUGGCGAUGAGAAAAUUGAAUACGAACCAUUCAUUGCAAUUUGCCCACCAAAGCCAGAAGAUUUGACUGGUGGUUUAGAUUAUAUCCCAGAACAAAUGUUGGAGUCCUACGUUGCACAAAUAAAUGCAGAGAUUAAAGAAUCGGCAGAAGCAGUUCUCUCAUCGUGUACUACUUUGCCAGACACAACAGGUUUAGAUGAAACUGGAGGUUCGCUCAGUCCUUUGGAAACUGAUGCAGUUGAGACAAAGCCUGACAGCACUUCUGAUAAACAUUUGUUUGAAUGUGAUCCUGAUAUAGUACCAGUCCUUGUAGAUAGUACUACUUUGUCUGAAAGUGCUACAGACAGUAGCCCUGUUAAUGACUUGGAGACUAGUAGUCCCUUGAACAAGCUUAUUGAAGAUCCCAGUCCACUUUCUGAGCAUAGUGAAUCUUACAAACUGUUGCAGGAACCAUCAGAUGUUGGCCACCUUGAAAAAACAGAAUCCCAGCAUCCUAUGCAAGAGCACAACGAUUCAAUGACUGCGUCACACAAAUUUUUUGGAGAUGAUGCUCCCUUCCAUGGGUUUACUGAAAGUGAAAUUCUGCAAGAACACAUGGACAAUGUCUCCUUGUUGCAGAAAAAUGCUGAAAACAAAAUUCUUUCAAAUAAUUUUGGUAAUGUUGGUCGUUUGCAAGACCAGUCUGAAGUGGAAAUUGUUUUCCAUGGCAGAGUGGAAGGUGGGAUUCAGUCACACGACCGCAUUGAAGAUUCUCUACUGUCGCACGACCGCAUUGAAGAUUCUGUUCUGUCGCAUGACCGCAUUGAAGAUUCUGUACUGUCGCACGACCGCAUUGAAGAUUCUCUACUGUCGCACGACCGCAUUGAAGAUUCUCUGCUGUCGCACGACCGCAUUGAAGAUUCUCUGCUGUCGCACGGCCACAUUGAAGAUUCUCUGCUGUCGCACGGCCACAUUGAAGAUGCUCUCCAGGCACACGGCCGCAUUGAAGAUGCUCUCCAGUCUCACGACCGCAUUGAAGAUGCUCUCCAGUCUCACGACCGCAUUGAAGAUGCUCUCCAGUCUCACGACCGCAUUGAAGAUGCUCUCCAGUCUCACGACCGCAUUGAAGAUGCUCUCCAGUCUCACGACCGCAUUGAAGAUGCUCUCCAGUCUCACGACCGCAUUGAAGAUGCUCUCCAGUCGCACGACCGCAUUGAAGAUGCCCCCCAGUCGCACGACCGCAUUGAAGAUGCUUUCCAUCAGCAAAAUCUCACUGAGCUGAUUAGUUCUACUCAAGGAAAACUUGAUGAUCUGGCAGAUUUUGACUUUGAUAAGGCCUUGCGUUGUGAAGUUAAUGAUACUUUAGAUAUUGUUUCGUCUACAUCUCCAUUUGAUCAAGACUUUCUGCAGAAAACUAAAAGUGAAGCCUUAACUAAUCCAUCUCUGGUUGAGUCAUCUGCAACAGAUUUCCACAUCAAAGAUGUUUCCAGUUCUCCAUUUGAUUUAUCUGUAAAACAAUCAGAACUAUCAGUUGAUAGCACAGUGACUAACAAACCAGAACCAGAAGUUCUGGGAGCGUCCACAAAAGUUCAAGAUUCAGCUAGUGCUCCAGAAUUGAUUUUGGGAGAAAGCGAAAGUUCAAAAUUUGCUGCAGAAUCUUUGGAAAAAGAAUUGAAAGAUGACAAAGAUGUAAAUUCAGUACAUGUUUCAAAGGGUGAGUUUGAACCAUCUUCUCAGACUUCAGUAGUAGUCGAACCAGAAACUACAGUUUUGCCUAAAUUUGAAACUGAAGUUACAACUGAAACUGUUGAGAAUCUGAUAGCAUCUCCAAAUAAGGAAAGUGAUGAAAUAUCACUUAUACCGGAGCCCAGAGUUGAUGAAUCUGCUGAUAAAACAUCAGUGUCUGAUGUUGCAUCUGCUGCAGCAGUUGUUACUGCAGCUGCUGUAACAGCUGGGGCAGUGCUGGCAACAAAGACUGACACAAAGGGACCUACACCUGUCAAGGCACCAGCGACCUCGAAAACCAAGAAGACUUUAACAGAUAAAACAAAGUCUCCUGUGACUCAGAAAUCACUUACUUCCCAGAAGACUGUUGCUGCAAGUCCAAGAGUAGCAUCGAACACAGCAGCGAGCAAAUCUCCUUUGAAACCAUCUCUCUCUCCAACAAAGACAACUACAGCAGUAAAAAAGACUGCCACACCUACUAGACCAAAGUCUGCUGUGGCUACUGUCACCGUUACUUCUUCCAAUCUCACAUCCACAACCACAUUAUCACCAUCUAAGACUAGACCUUUGUCGGCAAGACCGUCUCCUGGGUCAGUCAAGUCUUCUCCACCCCUCAAACCUUCCGCACCGAUCCCGAAAGCUCGGCCUUUGUCUGCUGUUACCAAAGCGUCGGCGGCAGAAAAGAAACCUGCACCAAUGACUAAUGGUAUCGCAGCCAAGGUCCCUGUUAAAGAGCAUGUGAUUAUCAAGCGAACCACUGCUUCUGCGAAGACACUGAGGCCGGCACCAUCGACUGCGACGGCCCCUAGGCAGUCCAUCAGCAGGUCUACCACUGCAAAGACCACCACCUCCUCCACCACCACCACCACCACAUCCACCGGAAUGGUAGCAAAGCCAAAGACCUCGGCAACAAGCGUGGCAGGUGUUACAAAACCUCCAGCACGGGCCCCUGUCUCCACUGUAACACAGAAGCAGGUGAAGGAAACUGCUAACAAACAGAUCUCUUCGGCACGGCCGAGUUCUACCAUUUCUGCCGGCCGCACGUCUUCGACCACCACCACUUCUCGCAGGAUGACUGCAGGCGGUACGAGAACGACCACUACCACCAUGACCACCACGUCUCCAAAAUCGAAUCUAGGAAGCAAGGUAACCACGAAAAAGACGACCAUUACGUCUCGCACCACGGCACCGGCAAAGUCGAAAUCGCAACCAAUUGAGAACAACGAAGAAAUUACGACCACAAUGAUAUCGACUGAAAUGAAGGUUGAUCCAAUCGAAACUACCAAAUCCACUUUGUUAGAAUGAUAAAACUCGAGACUGAAUGUGCAUGUUUCAUACUAUGGCAACAGUUGCUUGGCUGCUAUGUGUACCGCAAAAGUUUAAAAUUUGACUUCAGUUCUCCUGAAUUAUUUCCUUGUAAAUAUGUUACUUUUUCAUAGCCUAAUUUGUGGGUGCUAUUUAUGAGCUAAGGUUGCAGCUUCUCAUUCUGACUGAACUGUUAAAAUAUUUGUCCAAAGACCUCACUUACGUAAUGGUAAUGCUUUAAAAAAAACCUGCCGUUUGCUAAGUGAUAAGGAAAGUUUGUGGUCUUGUAGCUUUUUAGUGUUCACAUCGUAUGUUUGCUUUUGAUGAAUGUUAGCAUGCAUUGACAUGGUUCUGCACUGUGUGUAUAGUUUACAAGUAUUGUGCAAGCCUUCUUUUAAUAUCUUAUAAGUGCUUUACAUGUUAUCACGUUUGUUGGUGCAGUUGGUGUAUGCUGAGGAAAGUCUAGACUGUCUCGUAGUUAUAUCUUGAAACUGUCAAAUGCCAUGUUACUAGGGCAUUUCACAAUUUUGCAUAAGAUAUAAUUACAUAAAUUGUGACAUUUAAGCCCUAAUUAAAGUUCUAAAAGUUAACUGCUUGUGAUGUAAUGUGUUAUGUAUGUAAUGUAUGUACGCUUGGUGGUGAUGCAGAAAUAUGUAUAAAUGUUUAAAGCUUGUUUUAUAGUACUCUGAAUAGCCAUUAUUUAUUAAGUGACUAAAGUUGUGUUUGUGCUAAUAAAAAAAGAUGGCCUUUGUUGGCCUAGGUUGAGAUAUUUGGGUUGUCAUCUGUGUGUCUUAACAUUCAUAGCAACAUUCAAUUUUAGGUACAUAGUUGUAUGUUUGAAAGUUAUCUAAUGGAUUACUAUUACUCAAAUGUUUACUUAAUAAGUGUAUGAUAUAUUUAUUCCCAGGUGUGGAGUGUUUUUGCAUUCAAAGUUACUAUGUAUGUAUGUAAUUCUUUGCAGGCACACUGUUAAAACAUACAGCAUCGCACCAAAAGUUGUGUUAACAAUAAUUUGCUAAUGGGAUUUUAUUUGUUGGAAGUUUAGUAUAGGCCUAACAGCCAAGUCGAAUAAGUCAGUAUUUUGUAAACACUUUUUGAAUGUACGUCAAAGUUGCCCCCACAUUUUUGUAUAAUUUAAGCUGAAUUGUGAUGGUGAAAAGUGUUGCAUUGUUUUGCUGAAAUUGUGAGAAUGUACAGUGAUAUCUUUAAUUUUAAAGUGGAAAUUUGAAUUUUUAAGACAUUGAAGCGCUUGGCAUGUUUGUCAUACAUUAUAUCAAGAACUCUAUAAUGCACAACAAUUAUUGGGUGCCAAGUGCCUUAUAUUAUGGAUUAGAAGUAAAGCAUUUAUAGCUAUCUUUAAUUUAUAUUUUAAUUUUUACAUAUUAGUUAUGGAGAGACUACUUAUUUGUGACUUGUAUUUAAAGAUAUCUUGUGUACAGCAUACUUUUUAUGGCUUUCUUGUAUCCAAAAAUAAAAAAAAAAACUUUUUUACGAAA